ACUCUGCCCGUUUCCUCUCCCGCCCUUCUGCCCUCCCCCUCCUCUCCCUAUGUCUCCACCAACUUCCUCACUCUUUCUCUGUCACGGUCUGUCCCUCUCUCCCUCCAGGUGUCCCCCGCUUGCUGUACCCCGCUCUCCUCCGCCCCUCCCUCUGACCCCUCUGCCCUGUCUUCCCCUCCCCGCAGCAUGCCGGGUUUCCCCCUCCAGGCCCGGUGGGGUGCCCGUCCCCCUCAGGCCCUUCUCCUUCCCCUGCUCCUCUCCCACCUGGGCCCUGCCCUCGCGGCCACCUUCACGGUGGGCGUGCUGGGGCCCUGGGCCUGCGACCCCAUCUUCGGGCGGGCCCGGCCCGAGCUGGCCGCCCGCCUGGCCGUGGCCCGCAUCAACCGCGACCCCGCGCUCUCGGCUGGCUACCGAUUCGACUACGCGGUCCUGCCCGAGCCCUGCCGCACGGCCCGGGCCCUGGAGGCCGCGGCCUCCGCCCUGAGCCGGGUCUCGGGCCUGGUGGGACCCGUCAACCCGGCCGCCUGCCGGACCGCGGCCCUCCUGGCCCAGCUGGAGGACAAGCCGCUCUUCCCCUGGGGCUGCCCGGGUGUGGCCGGGGCCCCGACGCUGGCUCCGGUUCUCCCCGCGGCCGCCUCCGCCCUUUACACCCUCCUAAGGAUCUUCCGUUGGGCCCGCGUGGCCGUCCUCACUGCCCCUCAGGACCUGUGGGUAGAGGCCGGGCACGAGCUGGCGGGGGCCCUGCGGGCGCGGGGCCUGCCCGUCGCCCUGGUAGCCGCCGUAGAGGCCGACUACCCAGGGGCCCGGGCCGCCCUACGGAAGGUCAUGGACGGACCUGCCGUCCGAGCGGUGAUCAUGGUGAUGCACUCACUGCUGCUGGGCGGGGAGGAGCAGCGGCUGCUGCUGGAGGCAGCGGAGGAGCUGGGCCUGGCCGACGGCUCGCUGGUCUUCCUGCCCUUCGACACGCUGCACUUCGCACUACCCCCCGGGCCCGCGGCCGUCCUGGCCAACAGCUCCCACCUGCGCCGGGCGCACGACGCCGUCCUCACCCUCACCCUCCGCUGCCCCCCGGACCGGCCCGUGUCCGAGGCUCUCCGACAGGCCGUGGCCCGCCACGAGCUGCCCCGGGACCUGGAUCCCAGCCAGGUCUCCCCGCUCUUCGGCACGAUUUACGACGCCGUCUAUCUGCUGGCUGGGGCCGUGGCGGACGCCUCCCGCCAGCGGGGCCGUUGGGUGACGGGAGCCAGCGUGGCCAGGCACGCCCCAGCGCAGCCUCCACUGGCCUUCUGUGGCGGCUCGGAGCCCGGCUACGUGCUCCUGGAUACGGACGGGGUGGGGGCCGACCUGCACCCCACCUACACCUUGGACAUUGCCACCGGGCUCCUGGGCCCCGCCGGACGGGCCAUUCACUUCCCCGGCCCCACCGGGCCCGGCACCGACCCCGCCUGCUGGUUCGACCCCAAGGUCAUAUGCGCCGGAGGGGUGGAGACCAGCGUGCUCCUCCUCAUCUUCCUGGCAGUGACAGGGGUCGGGCUCCUAGCUGCUGCACUGUUCUUUCACAUCCGGCGCCGUCUCCUCCAUGCUCAGAUGAUGCGAGGGCCCAACAGGAUCGUGCUGACCACAGAGGAUCUCACCUUUGUCAACGUGCAAAGCAGCUGCAAGGUGAUGGAGGGCAGCCACUCCAGUUUGAUGGGCUGCAGCAGCGUGUCGGAGAUGCGCAGCCUUCGCGGUGUGCAGACGCCCGGGGUCGACAACAGCAGCGUGGCCGUCUUCGAGGGAGAUUGGGUGUGGUUGAAGAAGUUCCCGGGGGAGCACACGGAGAUCAGGCCCUCCACCAAGACGGCCUUCAGCAAGCUCCGGGACCUGCGUCAUGAGAAUGUGACCCUAUAUGUGGGUCUGUUCCACGAGACGGGGGUGCUGGCGGCCGUGAUGGAGCACUGCUCCCGAGGCAGCCUGCGGGACCUCAUCCACAACCGCGACAUGAAGCUCGACUGGAUGUUCAAGUCCUCGCUACUGCUCGACCUCAUCAAGGGGAUGAAGUACCUCCAUCACCGCGACCUGGUCCACGGGAGGCUCAAGUCCCGGAACUGCGUGGUGGACGGGCGCUUCGUGCUCAAGGUCACCGACCACGGCCAGACGCGGCUGGACGAGGCCCAGCGGGCUCCCCGAGCUCCACCUGGCGCGCAGGACCGCCUGUGGACGGCCCCGGAGCUGCUGAGGGACGAAGAGCUGGAGCGUCGCGGCUCCCGCGCCGGGGACGUGUUCAGCCUGGCCAUCAUCAUGCAAGAAGUCGUCUGCCGCAGCGAGCCCUAUGCCAUGCUCGACCUGCCACCCGACGAGAUCGUGCAGAAGGUGCGCAGCCCCCCGCCCCUGUGCCGGCCAUCGGUGUUGCUGGACCAGGCCCCGGUGGAGUGCAUCCAGCUCAUGAGGCAGAGCUGGGGCGAGCACCCGGACCGACGCCCCGACAUGGACUCCAUCUUCGCCCAGUUCAAGACCAUCAACAAGGGUCGCAAGACGAACAUCAUCGACUCGAUGCUGCGCAUGUUGGAGCAGUACUCCAGCAACCUGGAGGACCUCAUCCGCGAGCGCACCGAGGAGCUCGAGCUGGAGAAGCAGAAGACCGACCAGCUGCUCACCCAGAUGCUCCCGCCGUCUGUGGCAGAAGCCCUGAAGAUGGGGACCCCCGUAGAGCCCGAGUACUUCGAGGAAGUGACCCUGUACUUCAGCGACAUCGUCGGCUUCACCACCAUCUCGGCCAUGAGCGAGCCCAUCGAGGUGGUGGAUCUCCUCAACGACCUCUACACCCUCUUCGACGCCAUCAUCGGCUCCCACGACGUGUACAAGGUGGAGACCAUCGGGGACGCGUACAUGGUGGCGUCGGGGCUGCCCAAGCGGAACGGGCAGCGGCACGCGGGUGAGAUCGCCAACAUGUCCCUGGACAUCCUCAGCUCCAUAGGCUCCUUCCGCAUGCGCCACAUGCCCGAGGUGCCCGUCCGCAUCCGCAUCGGCCUCCACUCGGGCCCGUGUGUGGCGGGGGUGGUGGGCCUCACCAUGCCCCGCUACUGCCUCUUCGGGGACACGGUCAACACGGCCUCACGCAUGGAGUCCACGGGGCUGCCGUACCGCAUCCACGUGAACAUAAGCACGGUGAGGAUCCUGCGGGGGCUCCCUGAGGGCUACAAGGUGGACGUGCGUGGCAAGACGGAACUCAAGGGGAAGGGCAUCGAGGACACGUACUGGCUGGUGGGGCGGGAAGGGUUCACCAAGCCCAUUCCCACACCCCCCGAUCUGCUGCCUGGUGCCAGUAACCACGGAAUCAGCCUCCACGAGAUCCCCGAGGAACGACGCAGGAAGCUGGAGAAGGCUCGGCCGGGGCAGCUGGCCAAAUGAGGGGGAUCCCCUCUUCCACCCACCCUAACAGGGAAAAGAAAACCCCCUCAGAUACAAAUCCCACACCACACCCCCACCGGAGAAGCUGAAGGAGAAAAGCGUGGCCCCUACGGCCACCUCCAUGAAGCAGAGAACAUGGGCUCUCUCGCCCAACACUGUCUACAGGACAUUCUGGGGCUCGGAGAGUUUGGUCCCGGAGGAGUUUGGGACACAGAAUUGUCUGGACCCAGGGGUUUUGGGAAGGCACACAACUGACCCUAAAGGAUCCUGGACCAGAAGAGCAUCCAGCCUCAGAGAAUUCCGGGAUGUCAUCACGUAAGCCAAAGAGACACUUGAGCAUCACAGCGUUCCUUCCCGGAGGAUCCUGGGUCCUCAGUGGGCUAAUUUCAAGGAAUUCUGACCCCACAUAUUGCCAGGUCAUCAGAGCAUCUGACCUCAAAUGUUCUGGAAUGUCACGUAGCCCCGCCUCAGGUAAAACUGAGGUCCUCAGACCAAAUGGCCUCAGAGAGGUGUCCGGUGAGAUUGGCAGAGAUUUCCCAUUUUGCAAAU